GCACUGUUAACUAUAGCGGGAUUUGAACACAGAACGAAAGGUACCAAAAUGCAUUUUGCGUGAUUCUAAGGAUUCUAUUAUGAGGCCGGUGCUCAUUUUAUCAAAUCUCCCAUGAUUUAAGCUCACUCCGUAAAAUGAUACAACUAAACAUAUCGUAAAGUACUACACCCAAAGAUCCGUCUUUAAUUGUUAUAUGUGUCCAGGGGCCCUACAUACGCAACCACAGUGUGCCUAUAUAUUAGCAUGGGACCCCCUGGUACAGCCAUACUCUAAGACAGUACUAAGAUCACCCCUAGCAAUGCCUUUAGCAAAGAAAGGUCAUACAUUUUAGGGAAGGUGUGAAGUGGUGCGCAUGCGUAAACGGCGUCGACUCUUAACUGCGAAAGUUGAAUAACAAUUAUGUCAUAUGUUUGGUUCUGAGGUACACGUGUUUCUGAAAUGGACCUGCAACAAGCCACCGAAGAAUUCAAGUCGCUCCUGUUGAAAAUUGAUAAGAUGUAUGUCGCUGAUUUUAUAUCUUGGGUAGAAGAUCACAUCGAAGCGGCUGAUAAAGAUGUUUAUGACCAGCAAAAUAAUUCUAUGGUAAUUCUGGACAGCAUUCGAGAAGAGCUACGAAAAAUUGUCCCUGUUAAUGGUGUUAUUCCUUCUGAAAGCAUAAUUCCUCCUGAAGUGGGUCCUAAUGCUGAUUGCACAUCCCAGACAACAGCAUAUAUAGAUGCGUUUCUUUAUGAUGAAGAAGAUAUGAAUUCUUUAGGAGAGGAUGGAAAAAUACAUCUACAUUACUGUAGUGAUUGCUUCUCCAGGAAUAUUAAACCUUUAACUCUGGUGACUCACUCUGCAUCAACAGCACAAAUCAGAUAUAUAUUUGAUUUCUUACUGCCUGACAUUUCUGGUAAAAAUCUUCUUGACAUUGGAUCACGACUUGGUGCAAUAUUGUAUGGCGCUUACCUUUUCACCAACGCAAAUAUUGAAGGUGUUGAAAUAGACAAAACUCUGUGUCAGAUACAAGAAAAUAUUAUAAAGAAAUAUAAAUUUGAUGACCGAAUUAAGAUUCAUCACAGUAAUAUUCUAAACAGAAGUGACCUUUUACAAAAAGCUGAUAUAAUCAUUUUAAACAAUGUCUUUGAGUUCUUCAUGCCACUAAAUAUGCAAGUUUUAAUUUGGAACUUCCUCCAUUCACAUUUACAAAAGAGACGUGUUGUGUUGAUCACACUUCCAAGUAUUGAAGAUUCAUUAAAGAAUUUAAAGACAAACAUCAACAUCUCUGAAUGGGUGAAAGAAAUUGACACAACUGAAAUCCUUAACACAGCAAGCUAUAUUCUAUUGAACAAAACACCAGCAGAAACUGACCUAGGAAACUUUCAUAUGUAUGAAACUUUAUAAAGAGUUUAAAAUUUAGUUAUAA